AUGCUCCUCCAACGAGCCUCUCGUCUGCUGCGGGGGCAAUGGCAGACGUCCAAGACAGUCAGCCAGGUCAUUGUGGCGAAGCGUCAUACAACAGUUGGCUACUCGGCCAUCAGGUGGUUUACAGAAUCUAGGAGACUAUUUGCCAUCAAGCCUGUGCCUCUGGCGGACAUAGGAGAGGGCAUCGUCGAGUGCGAGGUAAUACAGUGGUUUGUUGAACCUGGGGCAACGGUGGAAGAAUUCUCGCCACUAUGCGAGGUCCAGAGUGACAAGGCGUCAGUGGAGAUAACCAGCCGGUUCUCGGGAACUGUCAAGAAGUUAUACUACGAGGCCGGGGAGAUGGCGUCGGUGGGGCGGCCAUUCAUCGACAUUGACGUUCAAGACGACGACGUCAAAGACGGACCUGCGCCUGCGCCCCCCAACGAGAGACGGGAAGAGAAGAAGACGUCAGCCCACCCGCCACCUAGGAUGACAGCACCGCAAGAGGACCAGGCACUAAGCAGGAGUCUAACGGAGAAGAAGGGGCCCGAAUUAAAGGGCAAGUGUGCAGCGCUGUCGACUCCAGCCGUACGCCACCUCUCCAAAGAAUUCAAAGUUGACAUCAACGACAUCGACGGCACGGGAAAGGACGGCAGGGUAACAAAGGAAGACAUCUACAAGUUUGUCGGGGCCAAGAAGACGUCGUCACCAGGGACACUGUCAGCAUCACCAGACACACAAGUCGAGACGACAGUGCCCCUAUCCAGCACGCAGCAGCAAAUGUUCAAGACAAUGACAAGGUCCCUGGGCAUCCCUCACUUCCUGUACGCGGACGAGGUGGACUUCUCGUCUCUAGCCGAGCUGCGCGGUCGCCUGAACCGCGUACUGAGCAAGCCGGUACCAUCCGCUGUGCUGGAUGCGCAAGAGGAAGCCGCGGUCAAGAAGCUAUCAUACCUCCCCUUCAUCAUCAAGGCCGUGUCUCUUGCUCUGCGGCAGUUCCCGACUCUCAACGCACGCGUGGACACGGACUCGGCGACUGGUAAGCCCUGCCUCGUGCACCGGUCCCAGCACAACAUCGGCGUGGCAAUGGACACGCCGCAGGGCCUGGUGGUCCCCGUGGUCCGCGACGUCGCAUCGCUCAAUGUGCUUGCCAUCGCUGCUGAACUCGCCAGACUGCAGGACUCGGCCGUCAAGGGACGCUUGUCCCCCCGCGACAUGACGGGCGGCACCAUCUCCGUCUCCAACAUUGGCAACAUUGGCGGGACGUACCUCAGUCCCGUCAUUGUGGAGCGCGAGGUGGCCAUCUUGGGUGUCGGGCGUAUCCGCUCCGUCCCGGCCUUUGACGAGGAAGACAAUAUCGUUAAGAAGCAGGUCUGCAAUUUCAGCUGGAGCGCUGACCACCGCGUUGUUGAUGGGGCCACCAUGGCGCGCGCUGCCGAUGUUGUCCGUGCUAUUGUCGAGGAGCCUGAUGUGAUGGUUAUGCAUCUUCGGUAG